GUGAAGGCAGCACCAACCCACACGCUGCUCCUCUUCAGCACCGGGAUCAGUGGGCCAACCUGCAGAGCUCUUCCGGAGGCGGAUAAUCCCCAUCUCUACCCUCCACACAGCCCUAAUGCUAUCAGGAAGAGUUGCGGUCACUCACCUCAAGGGAAACACGUUUUGGAAGCGAAUGCAAGCUACGGCCUAGAAGUCCACCAUUAGGAGAAGCUCGGAGGAGGAGGGAGAUGGAUAUUAGCGUUUCGCAUUACUGUGUGAAUAGCCAAACCUGCCAGUGAUAAGCCGAUUCUCCAUAACAUGACAGCUGCUGUCGCAUUUCAUCCAGAUCGGAGAAACUACUGAAAGAACACCCUGCUUGCUUUUUAUUAUUGUCAUUAUUUCGGCACCAUGGUGACAUACAAUCUAAUAUUAACUUUCCUCAUCGCGGCUCUCUGGCGGGUCGGUGGCGAACCACAAACUCCGUCUUCACCUGCGACGCAGUUAAAUUCGACAUCAUCGUUGGUGGCCAGCGAAGAUCAAGAGCUGACACACAAUGUCACAGAUACCGGCGGCGUGGGAUCCCGGAUUUCAUCUCUAAUGACGCAUCUUCCAGUUCUGAAAAACAUUGUUAUUUUCAUCUGCGUGCUAACAGCUGUUCUCAUCACAUGCCUGGUCAUCAAAGUGGUCAGAUCUGGGAGACGAUUGAGAAAAACAAGGAAAUAUGACAUCAUAACGACGCCUGCCGAGCGUGUGGAGAUGGCCCCUCUUAAUGAGGAGAACGACGAUGAAGAUGACUCGACCCUCUUUGACAUCAAAUACAGGAGAAGGAACAGUGUGUCAUAAACAGAGUUUUUGACAUUCACAGAAGAUUGGAUACCUUUGUUGUCGCUGUUUGAUAUACAAGCGACAUUGAGUGAUGUGUGUGUGAAUGUCUGAAAAUGUUUUUAAAUCAUAUGUGAAUCAAACUGUCAAACAUGUUUUUGAUACAGUGAUCUUUAGCAGAUUUCUGGCUAUUUCCUGUGUUAUCCCUCAGACUAUAUGACCACUGUUCAUUUCAGUAGUGUGUCAUGUCUCAUUUUAGUUUUUGACUGUAUGUGCAGAUCAGAUUUUUGUCUCAGAGUGUGUCUUCCAUCAUGGAGACGUCUAUUUAUUUUAUCUUUAGUCGUUGGUGAAACUGUGGAAAAACCCUGCUCAUGUACAGAGGCUGAUUCUCUGCUUUUAUUAGAACCGAGUCCUCUGCUACAGACAGUUCCUGUUGUAAAAUUAAUUUACGUCAGUGUGGUAGCUAUUUGAAGACUGUAGCUAAUUUCCCUAAUCCCACAUCUAAACCAAAAACAAGUUUUGGAAGUUUAUUGACACAGAGAUGUGUGUGUACUCACAGCUGUUUCCUCUGUUUCCAUUUCUUUGAAAACACUACUGAAAUAAAACUGCUUCCUUUGAAGUGUUAAAGCGUUAUAAGAGAGAGGCUUGAAGUGUUUUUUUUUUUUUCCAUUCUGAUCUUUUGUGUGUUCUGACCCAGAAAAGUACAUUCACUUUGUCAUAACUGCACAGUUGAGUCCUUGAGUCAUACUGAAUAUUUUCAGAACUAAAAAAAUAAAAUAUACUCAUGUUGUGUAUCAAGACCAGCAUUUGUUUGCGGGAAUUUGGACAUCAAGCAGACGAUAACAUGAAGUAUACAUGACAAAAAGAAAAAGUACAAUAAAACUAUACAGCACCAUCCCAUACGUUUUUUGUCAAACUACGUCAGUAGAAAGUAAAUUUCAGAUUCUGGGUUAGUUAAUUAAUUAUUUUUUAAUUUGCUGAGCUCAGAGGAGCUUUCACAAAUCUGUUAUUGCCUCCGACUGCUCACGUCUAGUCCAACUUGUGUGUCUAUUCUGAACUUUACUCUUGGCGUCGGCCGACAUACAAGUCAACUGGUGCAUCUUGUCAAAACAACAUGAAGAAAUCACAUGACUGGAAGCGCAUGAGAGGCUGCUCGUUUAGCUGCAGAGCUCUUGGAGCAAUUCAAGUUCGUCUGUUGUUAUUGAAAGAGGCAGUUUGUUGCAGAGAAAUACCCAAAUCAUUUGACAAAAAGCACAUAUCAAGACAACUCCUAAACCUAAAAACUGAACUGAACUUUGAAACUUCAAAGUGCAGAAGUAUAAUACAAACUAGCUUUGAACUGCUGUAUUGGUUUGACAAAUAAGUCUGGUAUGGCCUUAAAAUUAACUCUGUUUGUCCAUCUGUCCCAUUGUGUUAAGAAUAACUUGGAUGAACCCAGUUGUAUUUCUGGGCUUGUGAAUGGUCCAAUGGUCUAAUUUAUUGAUUAUUAUUACUACAGGCAUAAAAUACUGGCAACUUCAAUCAAAAUCCACAAAUAUCUAUAUCAACCUAUAUUGGUUGAAAUACUAACCCAAACCCUCUACACAAGUACAAUUCAUACAUCAUUUUAAAUGGAUAAAGGCAUACACGUUAUCAGUUUGUACUCCUCAGUGUUAUUGCACUGCUGCUAACUUUAACUAUUCAUUUAUUUAAAGCACAUUAUGAGGUUCAUUUCUUACAGCAUUUGUAAGAAUAUCACCAAUACAUUCAUUUAAAAAAAAAAAAAAAAAAAAGCUAAGUUCUCACUACCAACAUUUGCGGUGCAGAAACAAGGCUGGUGUUCGUUGAGAGAAGUUCACAGAGUGAGUUUACCGCCGCCUACGUCUGUGCAAACAUUCUUAUGUGAACAGCUGGUACACUCCUUCGUUAUGCUCACAGAAGCUCGAUACAAUGCAACGUGUCUCCAUUCGGCUCUCAGGGUAUAUCUCCAACGUUAUCACCUGGCAGCUCUGCUUGACUUGACUUUGGGAAUUCUUUGCUUAUGAAUAACCUGUUUUACACCAGCGACUUUAUAGGAAGCUACAAAAGCACAAAAUGUUCUCUAUCAGAGGAAAGUUUUGUCAUCACAAGUUCAACAUCAUAUUAAACAGUUGACCAACAAUUUCUCUGUCGUCAUUGAUCUCCCUGAUUAUUAAGUGCUUCCAUCUUGUGGCCCAAAAAGUGUCUCACAGGAGCCAAUAAUUCAGCAGCUCCUCGUGACGCUGACAUGCUGGGUAAGUUACAACACACCUGCAAUGGAGCCCUGUUCAUCAUUAAUAAAUGGCAUCUAAAAAUAUGUUCUGAUUGCUUAAUUUAUAACCAUACUGGAAAACGUGAUGCCCUUUUAAAAGCGGUCUGUUUAAGAAAAAUAAGGGGCUAACGGAUGACAGUAUCUCCAUGGACACUGGUAGAAAAGGCUCUC